CGCUCGGGCAUGUAGUCGACUAUCAAGUGCCAGCUGUUGCGCCGUACUGAUUUUCUGUAACUUCACGCCACCUCGGUUCAGCAGCAAUUUAAUCGAAUAAGUGUGUCACGCGGCUCGUAGCGUCGAUCGACAUGAGUCAUAAUACUAUCAGAGAGAUACUGGUCUUUCUAUUACUUGCCGGUAGUAGUUGGGCCAUGUUAAAAAUACCGAAUAUCGAAGAGCUUACGGAUGGCAGUGUAUUAUAUAGUGUUGUCCAUGAUAAAUUUAUCAAACGAGUAGUUAUUGCCCCCAAUAGUAAAGUAACUGUAAACAUAACAAAUGUUUCUUCCGACGUUUCAUUUUAUAUUGCUCAAAUUCACACGUAUCAAUAUAAUGUUACGCUAUCAUACACUAAAGACUAUCUUAAUGAUGUCUCGAAUAACAGCGUCUUUGGAUCGAACAUCGGCCUCUUCGUUAGACCAGGUUCAAAUAUAACGACACAACUAUAUUUGAAAAAUGAUAACGUUCACAAUGUCAACGCUAUAUUUGUUGCUAUUCCUUACAAUAUGAAUGCACCCAUACCGGGUGGAUGCAACAUGGAAUUCAAUACCGAAAUAGCGCCGUACCCGAAUGUAACCCUACAGAACACGAUAGUGGUAGUCGACGUGCAACCACCCUCGACGCCUGUUAACAAGAAUCAACGGCCAGAUUGUCACCAUAAUCCGGUGGAGGUCGAAUUCUAUCGGAUGUUCUUAACCGAGCGAGACUUCAGUAUUGAUUCUUAUUUCAUAGCUAUCGUAAAUAUGUUGACUGUAGCUGAUAUCGAGCAAAAUGGUUGGAAGGUAGUAGAUUCCGCAGUAUUAACACCAAUGAGACGAUUAUUCGGUGCAUACAUCGGAACCGGAUCGGUUUACGUCGCAGUGGCCAGAUACGGGAAGGAUUCCGCAGCUUACGUACCUGGUUUGUCAUACGCCUGCAGCCCCUUGCUCGAUCCAGAUUCCUGUGACAUAUUAUAUGAAAUUUUCCCACGAUUUGUCUGCGCUGGUUGCUUUUUCCUGGGACUGUUCUCGUUCAACACACACUACGAUAGCGUUUACAAUAAACUCAUACCUACAUUCUUCACUGGAACCGUGUUCGGUUACAUGGUAGCAGAGAGCUUCAUAGACGAGGCCAACAUAUCGGCUAUCAUCUCUUUCGCUCUACUAAUGGGCCUCUGCGACAUAAUUUUUUGGUCGUUUUUCAUAACAACUCAAUCAUCCAUGAACGCGGUGAUGAGAAGCAUCAACCUUGGAUUCUUCGUUAUGUGUGUCAUCUACAUGUGCGUGCCAGAUAAGUCUGGAAUAGGAGCGAAUAAUUGGUUCUUCGCGGCUAUGAGCUUAUUACUGUUUCUUAUCCUAACUUUCGUCGGGCUCGCAUCGGGUAGUGUUACGCCUGUAAUUACUCAGACAAUAUUUUCGACGUACAUGAUAAUCUUGCCGCUAGACUAUUUAAUUGGCUCAUCCCUGAAAUACAGCGUCAUAAAUGUCAUAAGAAGAGUCACCGUUGCAGACUAUGAAAUGGCUGCUGUUCAACCUCCGGUUCAAGGAAAGGAUAUUACUUUGAUCGUAUUAUGGGUAUGUUUGGCACUGUAUCGUACGCUGAGAAAUUUUAGAUUUUAUAUGGGGCCAUUCGACCAUUCAAACGAGUUCACUCCUUUAGAGUGAUAGUUAUUGCGAAAAGAAGCAUAAAUGUUUUGAUAAAAGUUUUAAAUAAUAGUUAUUUUGAAUUUACUUAAUAUAAGUUGCUCAGGUAAAAACGAUACUACAUCAUACGUAUACAACAUUUAUAAUUGAAGGAGUAAUGUUCACAGAAUCGAUCGAUUUUGAACGAUCGUAUCAUAAAAGAACAUGUAUCUCAUUAUAUCUAAGAAAGAACUAAAAACAAGCUUUAUUGUACUGUGCAUUUUAUUGAAUGUGCUUCGUUCAAAUAAAGACUAAACAGUGAACUAGAUUUUAAGAACAACA